AUAAGUUGCCUCUCUCUCUGUAAACGAUUCUCUCUUCUCUUUUGGCCGGAGUAAAGUCAGAGUCUGUUUCUUCCGUAGUUCCGGGUGGGGGGGUCUCUCUUUCACUUCUCAGAGUGGGUAUGGAGGAGGGUAGUAUUGAAAAGGGAAUAGUAAAGUUAAAUAUUAAUGAAGGCUCAACAUUGAGGUAAUAUCCACCUCUUGAUAACACAAGAGUUUCAUUUCUCAGGAAAGCUCACCCGACAGGAAGAACAACCAAGCCUAGCCGCCUCUGUUCUUCAUCUCCUUCCUUCCAUCAACCAAUUGCUCUCUUGAUCGGUCUUCUCUUUCUCUCUCGCUCGCCCUACACCUUUACCCUUCACCAAUCAUGGCUUUCAUCCUCAACAAAACUGCUGUUGCCUCUCAAUUGCGCUCUCACUUUCAGGGAGCAAGAAACAAUGCCCUUUCCCUCUCGCGUCGCCAAUUUCAUGUAGAACCAGGAAAGCGCGAACUAGCUCUCUUGGCUGAGGACCCAUCUUUAAAGCGAUUCAAGUCACAUAAGCCUAAUGUGAGGCGACUUAUGAGAGUGGGAGAUGUACUCACUAUAGUUGUUGUAGCAGGUUGUUGCUAUGAAAUAUAUACUAGAGCAGUGAUGCGAGAAGAGGCUCGGAAACAAGCAAAUGCAGAAAAUUGAAGAAGUGCAUAAUGAUGAGUUUAUUAUGUGUGUCUCUCUUUGGCCUUAAUAGUUCAGCAACUAUAGCAGGAAUAUUCUGACUUUCAAAUGCAGAAAAAAUGGCUACAUUUACUUGGUUUGAAUUUAUGUUUUCCAGCCUCAUUCUUAAUAAGAUUUGUUCUUCAAAAAAAUAAUAGUAUAUUCAAGCGAGACACAUUUAACAAUGGUUAAUGAUAAUACUAUGAAGGAAAUCGUUGAUGCUGAUCCAAA